AUGAGAUACUCUAAUUAUAAUCGUCGUAUGCCCAGUUUACCUUUAAAAUUAAAUCGUAAUUCUACAACAACACCAAUUACAAAGAUGCCUGGAUCCACGUCAUUACAAGACAUACGAACACAAAAAUAUUGGGCUAAAGAAGAACGAUUAAUUAGACUACCAGAAAGUUAUUUACCUAUUCGUGAUCCACUAUCACCUGACAAUCUUGUAUUCGAACAUCCUGAACUAACCGUAAAAGUCUCUGCACUCGAUGAUGAAUUGCAACGUCGUAUGCAACAACAACAGAGUCGAACAGGCUCAGUGCCAAAUCUUAUCGAACAUCCUGAUAUUCGUCAACCACUACAACUUCAACCUGUUUUACCGUCAACAUCAAAGAUAACUCGACAAAUGUCAGCCGAUGUUAACGUUCAACGAUCACCUUCGCCAGCUUCAUCUAUUACAUCUCCAAUUCAUGAAAGACAUUAUUCUGCACCUAGUAAAAAACAAGAUGACCAACUAAGUUUAUCGUUAGAUCAACAUUGGUUCCAACAACAGCAAUUGAUUCCAAAUAACAAUCGAGCUAUUUCUCUACGUUCUAACAUCACAGAUAUUUUGGAAAAACCAGAACACGAUAAAAAUGAUAUUAAUCCGUCCACAACGAAUCGUGACGAUCAACAUCAACGUCAUGUUGAAAUAAUUCGUGAAUAUUCAGACACAUCAACCGUUUCAGAUGAUCAAACGAAUCGGAAUAAGCCUAAAGCAACGGCAACCACCGUUCAAAAAUCUGCAACAAAUGGAAAAUCACCAUCGGACGAUGAUUUUUGGUAG